AUGUCAACAACAGAGAACACAACAACAGUUAUAGUCCAUGAAGCCAUAAAUGAAGAAUAUGAGUACAUACAGUUUAACAAACAACUCCGUCUCAUUCGUUCGGUCAAAGACGAUAUGUACCAAAUGCAAAGUAUUUUGACAGCAUGUUUUGCUCCAGAUACUAAGCUUCCUAAAGACUGGUUUAGGAACCAAAGCACACAAGAACUUUUGAGCGAAGCACAGCGAGACAUACUUUUUUCUGAAAACAGUGAAGAACAGCGAGUAGGUAAAAAACCCCAGUCGCCAAAACUCUAUGAAAAUCGUGAAGAACAGCGAGUAGGUAAAAAACCCCAGUCGCCAAAACUCUAUGAAAAUCGUGAAAAAUUGCCAAACGGUUUGAGAGGAUAUUAUGUACAUAGACUUCUUGUAAAUGCUGUUGCAAUGUGGGCUUCGCCUCGUUAUGCAUG